UGGAUAUUAAAUAAUUGGAACGCCAACCAUGAUUCCCAUUCCUCUUUCCCAAUAUCUAUAAGUUGCAAGGGUAGCAAGCACAUGCUUUACUCAUAAGAGAAACUUUAAAUUGCAGAAACCCUCAAGUCCUAUGGCCUUAGUAGUACAUGGGAAAAUGCUUCUUAUGAAACGCUCAUUAGUCUUAUUAGCAGCUGCAACGACAUUGCUAGCUGAUAAAACCCCCUCGCCGCCUCAAGCCAAGCCCAACUGCCCAGACCGCUGUGGUAACCUGUCAAUUCCAUAUCCAUUUGGCAUCGGUGAAGGCUGUUAUUUACCACUGAAGGGAAAGAAAAAGCAAUUCGAACUCGCUUGUAAUUAUUCUACUAAACCCCCAUCAUUGACCUGGCCGACGGACCGCUCCGCCAGUAUCUCUGGUUUUCACCUUGCUGAGGGUGAGUUGGAAGUCAUGAAUUCGAUAAGCAAGGAUUGUUACAACAAGAGCGGUUUUAAUGUAGAGGAAUACUUCUCUCUCUCUUGGUCUCCUCCUUUCAGCCUUUCCGGUCGAAAAAACAGCUUCGUCGCCAUAGGCUGCGACACUUCUGCUGCUUUCCUGGGUUUUCGUGGCCAAAAACAAAUCAUGACGGGGUGCAUGUCCGUGUGCCUCGAUAUUAACACCGUGGAUCUAAACUCUUGCACCGGUGUCGGUUGUUGCCAGACCAAGAUCCCUGAUGAACUGAAUAAUUUGACUGUGAGAUUGGAUAGCUAUUUCAAUCAUUCGUAUGUACGGGAAUUCAAUCCCUGCAGCUAUGCCUUCGUUGUGAAAGAUGGCUACUUUAACUUCAGCGGUACGAGGAGUUUCAAAGAGCUCAAGAACAUGGAGCAGGUUCCACUUAUCGGUAAUUGGCAGAUUGGAAAUGAGACAUGCGAUGUAGCUAAAAAGAAUGCCGUGAGUUAUGCAUGCAAGGCAAAUUCCGUGUGCGUCAACCGGAGCAAGAGCCCAUGGCCUGCAGGUUACUACUGCCAAUGCUCACCAGGCUACGAAGGGAACCCAUACAUCGGUUGCCGAGAUAUUGACGAGUGUUUGGCUGAAAUUAACCCAUGCGGGAAUGGAACGUGCAAGAAUAUACCUGGAAGUUACUCUUGUAAAUGUAAAAAAGGGUUCAAAAGUGAUGGUCCUUUCAAGUGCAUUGCUCGUCCCACGGCAAACAACAGUGCUCUGAAAAUUUCACUGGGUAUUUGUAUAGGCUUCUUUGUUCUAUUAGUCGUGAUUUUUGGAUUAUAUCGCGAAUACAAGAGAAGACAGUUCAACGAAAUGAAAAAAAAGUAUUUUGAAGCAAACGGCGGGCCAAAAUUACAACUACAAUUGAAGCAAUUGGCUAGUCAAAAAGAACCUCUUGCAGUGCAAAUCUUUACUGAAGAAGAACUUAAGAAGGCAACAAAGAAUUACGAUGAAAAUGAAAAACUUGGAGAAGGAGGCUAUGGAAUAGUCUACAAAGGCGUACUCGAUAAAAGAGUGGUUGCAAUAAAGAUAUCCAAAAUGACUGCCCAGGUUGAAAGUGAUCAAUUUAUCAAUGAGGUCAUUGUUCUUUCUCAAAUCAGUCAUAGAAAUGUGGUGAGGCUGCUAGGCUGUUGUUUGGAGACAAAAACGCCUAUGCUAGUUUACGAGUAUGUUGGUAGUGGAACUCUUUAUGACCACAUUCAUAAAAAGAAAGGACAACUACUUUCAUUUGCACAACGAUUGAAGAUAGCAGCAGAAACUGCGACAGCACUUUCAUACUUACAUCACUCCACCACCACGCAAAUUGUUCAUCGAGAUGUCAAGGCAACGAAUAUACUGUUGGAUGAGAAACUUAUGGCCAAAGUGUCGGACUUCGGAGCUUCAAAACUUAUUCCUGACGACAAAACUCAACUUUCAACUCUAGUGCAGGGGACAUUGGGAUACUUGGACCCUGAAUAUCUUCAGUCCAACACUCUGACAGAAAAGAGUGACGUUUAUAGCUUUGGAGUCGUCCUCGUGGAGCUACUGACAAGCGAGAAUGUAAUUCGUUUUGAUAAAACCGAGGCAGAGAGAAACCUGGCCAACGUCUUUGUUUCUACAAUUGAAAAAAAAGGCCUGCGCGCAUUGGGUCCAAUUCUUGACGAUGAAAUAGUCAAGGAUGGAAACUGGGAGAUCAUCGAAAAAGUUGCCAAUCUUGCCCAAAGAUGCUUAAGUGUGAAAGGAGACGAAAGGCCUACCAUGAAAGAAAUAGAGAGGGAGCUAGAUGAAAUACGGAAAACUUCCGCAAAGCAACCAGAUGGGAAGAAGCUUUAUGCCUCCUCUUCCAAAGAGACGGACCCCUCUCUUGAGUCACAUUCAGACGCUUACAAUGUGGAGAUCAGUGAUGAAGGCGAUGGUGGUUCUACUGGCAUUAUUAGCAGUACAGAGUAUGACGCCAGCAUGCAAAAUCAAGCCCAAAAGUCGUCCAGUUAUGGUCGAUAAAAAUUCUUCGGCCUUUUAGCCUUUUCGUAUCGGAUUAGGAAAUCCAAACCUGUGUGUUCUCUAUUCCAAUUUCACUCCCAUGUCUUGUAAAAUAAAAGGUACAUGAGUAGUGCUGUUAAUACCUUAGCCAAGUGUCCACUAGUGAUAGAUCGAUCACUGAAAAUACACAACACUUAAUAGUAUUGUCAAACGCAAGAAUUACU